UACUUUUGCACACAAGCGCUUGUGUGUAGGACAGUGUGCUGCUCUGUGUUGGACAUGGUUGUGUUCAUGGGGAUUCAUGGCGUAAUGGGGGACAUUUCAGACUCUCAGUGGAUUUUAAAAAUAUCCUCAGCGCUUCUGGGGCUAUUAAUAAAAGCGCUUGUGUUUCACCGCCCACAGAAAAAGUGCACAGAAGAACGGGGCGUCUAAACCGGACAGGACCGAGUUUACGGAGUUAUUGAGUUACUGAGUUUUACUCCGAAUUCACACCGUACUUUAUGGAUUAAAGACUGCGAGCCGUAAGAAGGGGGCGAUGUUGACGCUGUGCAUUGUGUUGUUCCUGCUCCUGGCUACACCAUGCCUGGGCAACAACUGCUCAGAACACUGCAAAGCCUGUGGAGGACCUGAAAGAGACCAGUGUUUGCAGUGUCUACCAGGGUUCAUGCUGCAUGACAAUGUGUGUGUGGACAUCGAUGAGUGCGGGACAAACUUGGCAAAGUGUCCAGCUAACACCUACUGCAUCAACACACAUUCUUCAUAUGUGUGUAGAAGUUGUGACCAGGCUUGUGUGGGCUGCAUGGGCAGUGGUCCUGCCCGCUGUAAGAAAUGUGCUCCAGGCUACAGAUCAGAUGAUCUGAAGUGUUUAGACAUUGACGAGUGCAGUGAGGAGGUGUUGGCCUGCUCUGAUCUCAACGCAUUGUGUGUGAACACUCAAGGAUCGUUCCAGUGUGACUGUGCACCGGGUUUCACACGCAGAGAGAGCGUGUGUGUGAGGAACCAGAAACCUGAGGGACAGGAACCUGGCUUGUUUGAUGAUCUCCAGGAUGACGAGGUGGAGGUGCUGAAGCAGAUGUUCUUCGGCGUGAUUCUGUGCGCUCUGGCCACGCUGGCCGCUAAAGGAGACAUGAUGUUCACCUCUGUGUUCAUCGGCGCCGUAGCAGCCAUGGUGGGAUACUGGCUCUCGGACAAGAGUGACCGGCUGCUGGGCAGCUUCCUGAAGGGCAGAUGAAGUGUGUGUGCAGGAGGAGGAAGAGGAUUAGGAUGGGGAACAACCAUAGCUCCAACUGCUUGACCUGGAAAUCUGGAAAUUUCACUUUUCAUUUUUAUUGAGAAAAAGUCAUUAAGAGUGAAGUGUGAGCUGUAUGUCAACUUCCUGAAUCUUUUAUCAUAGUGAAGAAUUUUAGAGGAAAAAAUGAGAAGUCUGUUAUUUUACUUCAGGACAUAGAACUUAUUAUGGAUCUAGGUUUAUUUGAACAGGUACAGGUUUUGUGGACUGAACAUUAAUCAGACUGAAUGUUACUGAAACAUGGCUAGUUGAUGUGACACUCUGUUAUAUGAGUUUUAAUCCAGAGCAAAUACCUGGAGCACACUGAGUUUCAGAAAGAACGUCACUCUUUAUUGAAUGGAUAUAAAUCAACUGGCCGACACUCAGUAACAUUUUCGAUUAACGGCACACACAAUAGCAAACACCUGGGGGGUGCAGAGGGACGUCGGAGUCCCACAACGCAUCAAAAACACCGAACAUGACACACAGAAUUCAUGCUGAACUCCUCCUACUUUCACCCAGGACGUCCUGUAAUCACACACACACACACUCACACACACACUCAUACACACACUCUCCUACAUAAAUAUUCAUGCAAGGCUUGCACACACCCACACACAUACCCACACACACUGUACGACUGUAAUGACAUCCCACAAUCCCAUGCUAACACACUUUCAGUAAUUUGCACAGACGAGCACAUACCAGUCUCGAGAAAAACCCGACACGCUGCGAUGCGGAGUGUGUGUCUCACACACGAGGACUGACUGAUGCACUGUGGAAAAUAAAAUCCCAUGUUUCACGCACGUGACUCAUUCGGCAUGCGGACACUCAUCGUUAUUUUCUUGUUCUGUAUCGUUACGGCACAUCGUAAAGACAUUUACAUAUAGAAAUCUGCAAUAUAUUCCAAAUCCUUCAACUGUAAAAACCAAAACAUAUCAAAUAAAAAAUAAGAAAUAAAACAACAAAUGAAAGUAAAAAGACAAUUGUUACUAAACCAUCUGA